AUGGUGAUACGGGCCAUGCUGGCUGAGCUGCCUGCAGACGGCAAGUCGUUGGAAGGUCUGCGAGAGCUCGGCAACAUCUACCUGUAUGGGGCCGAAGUUGGCGAAAUUCAGCAACUGGAGCAUGCUCUCACCUCGCGGGGCUGCAUGAACAGGCUGACUAAGCUAUGCAUCGACACGGGCGUGAUACUGCGCAUGGACGUUCAAGGAGACGUCGACAACCUGAUAAUGCUCGACCAUCUCGUGUAAGCAAGCAGGACAGAGGAGGCAACAAAAGGGCUGCACGAUUGUCUGUGUGCCUCGUAUGCCACCAGGACGGCUGUCGUUGACCCAGAGGCGUUGCUGACCGGCGGUGUCGAGUGGGUUGACUUGGGUGAAGACGAUCGGGAUGCCUGGGAUCGGGAAGCAGAACUGUCGGUCGAGUUGCUGUCGUGGGCGCGGGCUAAGUCCCCGUUCCUUCGGUAUCACAUAGAGCAGUUCGCCCGCAUCGUCCCCCGCGUCAUCUAUCAUGGCCUACCCGAACCGAACGAGCUCGCCGCGACCGCCAUAACACCAUCGACCUUCCCCCGAGCUGACUGCUUCCACCUGUGUGCCGAGUCGCUGACGCCCGACACGAUGCAACGCGCCGUGUCCGUGGCGACGGCAAUCGGCAAAAACUACAUCCGCGUGUCUGGGAAGGUAGAUGUAGAUGCGGCUCCCAGGGAAGCGGCUGUCGAGUUCCUCAAGGCACUACAAGCAGCCCGGCUCAACGAGGGCGGCGAGACGGCACUGGACGUCUUGUAUUACUUGUCGCUGGGCGACGAGGAGGUGGGAUCCUUAUGGGAGACGCACGCCGCCGAAGUGUCCCCGAUCAGAUGCCUGGAGCUGUGGAUUACCGGUGGGUACAGACACGUGGCUAUGGAGAGGGUCCUGUGCAUGCGUGUCGAUGUGCGCCGCUCAGAUAUGAUUCCACAAGGCGCCUCAGACAACGAGCGUCGAGCCUUCAUCGAGACCGUCAGCAAGAACCUCCUGGCGAUGCUCAAGGCGUCCACCCGCCUCGGUGGCCAUCGAGAGACGCACGUCCGGUUCUUCUUGCCUCCAUGGUUUGUGCGCCAUGGGGAUGUGAGUGACUACUUUGCGCGGCACCACCUGUCAGACGACUUCGACGAGACGCCUUACACCUUUGAUGGCACGUCCCUGAGCCUGCGCAGGCGCAGCGCAGGUGGGGAAGCGAACGAGGGAAGGGGAGGAUGAUUCAUUGUCUUCAUUGCCUCCUUUUGUUCAGGAGAGGCUUCUGAUUGAGCGCCAUUAUUUGGUGCGUGCAUGCCCCAUGCUCGAGUCAUGUCUGUCUGUCUGUCCAUGUGAGACGCAUGGAUACAAACCGGGAUUGUCCCUCUUGAUCUCUGGGCAAUCCCAUUAGCUCGCUGCAC